AAAUCUGAAAGAAGAGCGUUCUUGGCAAGGGGACAGCUACUGCAAAGACACUAAAUUGGGGAUGAGUCUGAUAUGGUUUAAGGGCCUUCAAGGCCAUUGAGGCCAAAUGUGGUAGUCAGAGAGGAAUGACUCAAGUUGGAUUUGGAGAGGCAGCAGGAACUGGAUCUGUAAAGCCUUGCUGGCCAGAACGAAGAGUUUGGGUUUUACUCGAUGUGUACUGAAAAGCCUUUGGAGGGUUUCAUGCCUGACCUCAUUUGUGUUUUAAAAGAUCACCCUGGCUGUUGUAUAGAAAUUCAUUGUGGGUGGGGGAAGCAAGAGUGGACACAGAGACAAAUUAGGAGGUUGAUGCAGGUGAGAGGUAAUGAUGGCUGGAACUCAUAGGGAUAGUAACGGGCAGUGGAGAGAAGUGGAUAGGUUCAGAUGUGUUUUAGAGGUAGAUAGUUGAUAGAACUUGGUGAUGGAUUAAAUGUGAGGAAGAGGGAAGAGAAUCAAAGUGACUUUUAGGAUUUUGGCUUGAGCACUUAGGUGGGUUGUCCGGCUGCUAACCAAAAGGUCAGCAGUUCAGAUCCACCAGACGCUCCUUGGAAACUCUAUAGGGCAGUUCUACUCUGUCCUAUAGGGUUGCUAACAGUUGGAAUUGACUUGACAGUGGGUUUUGGGGUUUAAUACUCCAUUUGUGUGCAUACCACAGUUUAUCCAUUCAUCUGUUGAUGGGCAUCUAGGUCACGUAUCCAACUUCCCAUCUAACAUCUGCACUUGGAUGUCUACAAGGAACUUAAAACUUAACAGGCCUUAGACAGAACUCUUGUCUCGCCCUCAACAAUCCUCAUCAAUAUCUGCUCUUCCCUAUUCCUUAUUCCUCUCUGUUUUAGUAAACAGCUGCAUGACCCACCUAAUUGCUCAAGCCAGAAUCCUAGGAGUCACUUUGAUUGUCUUAGUUUAGAAGAAGAAAAGACAUGAUUGAUGCGAUGAGGAAAAAAAUUAAGGUAAAAAAUGUAAUGUGGCUGGGAGAAAAAAAAAAAAGAGGGUUAGAGAAUGAUGAUUUUGAUGGAACAGGUAUGGUGGGAGGGGAAGAACAUAAAGAAAAUGAAGAUAUUUUUAAGGUACAGGAUAUUAAGAGAUUAGUAUUUCAAAAGUAGAGUGCUUCCACAUAAUGGCCCUGAUUAUGGUGGUCGGAGUUUGAUGAAAUGGCACUAUGAAGAUUAAGAAAUGCAAGGUUAGAGUGUGGGACAAAUUGUUCUCCUGGCUGACAGGGUUGUCCGGAUAAUGAUAGGAAUGGGGUAGAAAGGGCAUCUAAGCAAUAAUCAUGAGAUGACAGUGACAAGGAAAGACUCAGUAGCUGGAUAGCUUGAUCUUGGGCAGCUUAUGGGCGGAAAGGGAAGGAUUUGGAUGGAAGUUGCAAAGUAGAUAAGAAAGGAAAGAUUUCCUAAUAAAACCUGACUGAUCAUUCAGUUCCCUGAACUUCAUGUUUCUCAUAGACCCUUUUUACCUUUCCCAGUGCUACCCACUGUCACCUUCCUCCCGUGGUAUUUGUGCAGAUGGUUAUUGGAUGAGGAGGAAUGUGCUUAAUGUUUUAGGAACCAGUAACAUUCAAGGAUGUCUCUGUGGACUUCACCAAGGAGGAGUGGGGUCAUCUGAACCCUGCUCAGAGGAACCUGUUCAGAGAUGUGAUGCUGGAAAACUACAGGAACUUGGUUUCGGAGACCUGAAUGGAAAUUCUGAGGAGACUCUUCAAGAGAAAGAACUUAGGCAUCUUUUACAUGAAGAGCUUUCCUGCUGGCCAAUUUUGGAAAAGACGGCCCAAACAGUACCUGGGAGUCAGGAUUAUACCGUGACUCUCCGGGAGGAAGUGUAUGGAGACUCAGACCUACAUCUUGCCCCUUGUCAAAGGUGGAGAGAAGCUUUUUCUCAUAUUUCCAGAAAUAAGAACGUGGUGACUCUUCAAAGUGAUGAUUUAAAAAACAUGGAAAGUAAAGAAUAUCUGUCUUUGAAAGUCCCAAGCCAAAUGCCCACACAAGACUCUUUGGUGAAGUUCUGUAAGAAUGAGCCACAGGAUUCUAAGGAAAGCAAAAGUCUCUUUGUAACGGAAGAAAGCACUGAGAGAAAAGUGAUAUGGGGGGAAAGUCCUCCCAUGGACCAUUGUUCAGACAGCCUUCAAGUUAAACUUCUGUCAGGUGUAACAGAACUGGUCCCUCCAUUAUUCAGUGGUGAGGCAAUCUGCCAAAACGGCCAGUUGAAAGAAUCCUUGGAUCCCUUUGACUAUAACCAUAAAGACAUUUAUGGUUGUAAAUCACAGUUUGUUAGUUAUUGUCAUCAGAAAGCUCAUACAAGUGAGAAACCUUGUAACUGUAAUGACUGUAAAAAAAUACUUAAGACCAGCCCAAAUGUUCGUCCAUAUGAGAGAAUCCACUCAGAAGAGAAACUACAUAAAUGUGUUCGUCAGAGUUCAGAACUACUACAUCAUCAGAGAAACCACACAGAAGAAAAACCCUAUAAAUGUGAGCAGUGUGGGAAGGGCUUCACAAGGAGCUCGAGUCUCCUCAUUCAUCAAGCAGUCCAUACUGAUGAGAAACCUUAUAAGUGUGACAAGUGUGGGAAGGGAUUCACAAGAAGCUCAAGUCUCCUUAUUCAUCAUGCAGUUCAUACAGGUGAGAAACCUUAUAAAUGUGACAAGUGUGGAAAGGGCUUUAGUCAGAGCUCCAAACUGCACAUCCAUCAGCGAGUACACACUGGAGAGAAGCCCUAUGAGUGUGGGGAGUGCGGUAUGAGCUUCAGUCAGCGCUCUAACCUACACAUCCACCAGCGCAUCCACACAGGAGAGAGGCCCUACAAGUGUGGAGACUGCGGAAAGGGCUUCAGUCAGAGUUCAAACCUUCAUAUUCAUCGGUGCAUACACACCGGAGAGAAGCCUUAUCAAUGCUAUGAGUGUGGGAAAGGCUUCAGUCAGAGUUCAGAUCUUCGCAUCCAUCUCCGAGUCCACACUGGAGAGAAGCCCUAUCAUUGUGGCAAGUGUGGGAAAGGAUUUAGCCAGAGUUCCAAACUCCUCAUUCAUCAGAGAGUACAUACUGGAGAGAAGCCCUACGAGUGCAGCAAAUGUGGAAAGGGCUUCAGCCAGAGUUCCAACCUUCACAUCCACCAGCGGGUUCACAGAAAAGAUACCUGUUAAAUGAUGGGAGCCCACUCAGGUCUGCAGUCAGAGUGCUUGUCCUGUAAAGACUGUUAAAUAUUUUUAACAGCACUUUUACCUUUAUAGUCUACAAAGGAGAGAAAUAGUAAAGAUUAUUCAGAUAUGCUCCCCCACUGAAAAGCAUUCAUUUAUUUUAAAAGUAUUUAAAUACCAACCUUUUUUUAUGCUAUACAAAGAGUGGAUUGCUCUGACUCCUCAGAUGCAGAGUGAAAACAUCUGUACUUUAUAAUUCAGCCAGUGUUAUUAGAACUACACUCCUGCCCAGUAUUUCUAACCACAAGUACUUUAUAUUUGUCCAACCAGGACAUGGUUCCCUUGCUGACAUUCUCUAACAAAUGGGAACUCUGAUGUCUCUUCAAAUCACGUGCCUUGUGUUUUUCUGUACUUCUUUCUGGCCCUGAGUAGCUCUCUCUAAACUGAUUGUAUCAUAUGCCAGUUUUAGGCUGAGGGGGUGGCUGGUAGUAUGAUGGACAUGGAAAUUCUUAGGCGGCAGCUACACGAGGAGUGAAAAAAUUAGUAAUGUAGUACAUCCCCAUACACUAUUUUGGUAUGACGUUGAACCUCCCUCUCUCCUCCUUGAAGCAACGGUUCAGAAACAUAAAAACCAGCUGUCUAGUCAGUUCCAGCUCAUGGUGACCCCAUGUGUCUGAGUAGAACUGGGUACCAUAAAGUUUUCAGUGGCUCUUUUUCUUCAGAAGUAGAUCUCCACGCCUUUCUUCUAAGGUGCCUCUGGGUGGACUCAAACCUCCAACCUUCAGUUAGCAGGCAAGCACGUUAACAGUUUGUGCCACCCAGCAACUCCUCGGGAAUAUAAGUAGUUCUUUUUCCUAGGCAUGGCUGAUUUACUCGUAUACUUCCAAACCUCACCACCUCAGGUGACCUCCCUCAAACUAAAGCCAAGUAGGGUGCAUACACCAUGUUGAAACAUGUCAAGUGAAGCUGAAAUAUGUUUUAAGAAUAUUUUAUUCCUCUCAACACUUCUCUGCCUUGUUGCUGUAAAUUUCUUCACCAUGUUCUAUACAAAGCAAAACAAAGGGAAAGUUUCUUAUAUUUUUCAUUUCAGGCUUAUCUCUGGUUCUGAUACUUGAUGUAUAAACCCAUUGCUGUCAAAUUGAUUGCAACUCAUAGCAACCCUAUAGGACAGAGUAGCACUGCCCCAUAGAGUUUCCAAGGAGCACCUUGUGGAUUCAAAUUGCCAACUUUUUGGUUAGCAGCCAUAGCACUUAACCACUAUGCCACCAGGAUUUCCAUUUGAUGUAUAGUACCCCCAAAAUGUCAUUUGAAUUUUUACAGCAUCCCUAACCUCCUUAGAAGUCACUAUGGACAUCUGACACUUACUUGUACAAUUUUUAUAUUUGGCUACAUCACAUAAAAUUUUUUUUUUUUUCAAGGAAGGCAUAAAGUGCAAAAAAGAAAGCCUAUCUAGUUGGAAUGAUCAGGGAAGUCUGCAUGAAAAAGGCAAUUUAAGAAAGCUCUUUUUUUAUUAACAUAGAUUUUUAAGAACUAUAUUUAGUAUGUUCGGGAAGGCCAGGCUUAUCACUUGGGUAUUAUGGGUGGAAACGGAUGUGGGGAUCGAUACCUCAAAAAGUGAGGCAUUCAUUCCCUACAAGUUACUAAAGAAGCUCAUGCAACAGCUGAGGGUAGAAAAACAAUUCAAAUGCAUAACUAAAUUGGAAAUUACUAGACAGUGAGCUCCAAAUUACAGCCCUGUUUUUCUAAAAAAAAAAAGUUUUUCUAAACAAAGGUUAUAUUCUUCAAGCAGUGCUGAAGAGGUUGCCUAGUAUUCUAUAUCCGUUUUCCCCCAAAUACAAGUAUGCAUAUAUAAAAAAUAGCAGACAGGGAAAAUAUGGAUACCUUAUUAACUUAGGAAGGGGGACUGCAACUGAGAGAUCUAUCUAGACCAAAGGUAACCUUAGGCAGUUCACUGGGAAUAAGCAGGCGAGGUAUUAUACAUUGAAGCCAUUAAAUCAGGGGGAGCAUAGCUAAUCUCUAAUAUGGAAUGAAAGAGUAAAACAUUUGCCUCCCUUCAAAAGAUGGUCCCAGAAUAUUUGACUCCAACUCCAAGCAUGACAUGUGGGGAUGAUUUAGGGUGAUGACAGCAUUGCAUAACACCCCUCCUUGCCUGCUUGGAUACUAUGAGGCAGACUCAUAAAUGAGGUGAUUGUUUCAGUGAUCUCUAAAACAAUGAAUGCCCUCCCAGUUCCUCCCACCCUUUUAUAACAUUGAGCCUGAACAUCUGUUCUUGUGGAUUUGACUUUUCUAUUUCAUGUGUCUUCUAAUUGGCUGGUAAUACAUAAAUCUAAUGGGGAUUUGGAGCCAAAUAAGUAACACUAGGACCCAUUUGGAAACCCUGGUGGUGUAGUGGUUAAGAGCUACAGCUGCUAACCAAAAGGUUGGCAGUUCAAGUCCACCAGGUGCUCCUUGGAAACCCUGUGGGGCAGUUCUACUCUGUCCUCUAGGGUCACUGAGUUGGAAUCAACUCGAUGGCAACGGGUUUGGUAAUGGGUUUGGGACUCAUUACACAGUAAGGCCAGAGGAUAGGUCUGAACUCUCAUCAAGUCUUAAAAAAAAAAAAAAAAAAAAUUUUUUUUUUUUUUAAGUAUUAAGUGAGUAUUAAAUCAGACUGUUCUAAAUUUCCUUUUAUAUAUACCUUGAGUUAUCAGUGUUUUUAACUAUGUUUAAUUUUUACUGUUCUCUCUUACACAUUUCCUCCUGAAAUGUGAUCAAAGCCCUUGGGGAGCAUUUCUAUGAUUAUAGGAAGUCUGAGGAAACCAACAGAUUGGAGAAAGAGGGACUCACGCACAAAGAUGCAGGAGGAACAACAGGAGAUAGGUCACAUUUCAUCAGAUCUUAAGAUACCAUGGAUUAUGAAAAAAAAAAAAAAGCAAUUAAAUUACAUACCAUUAAUUUUAAAGCACACCUGUUUCAGAAAUGUGAAAAUAAAAACUGUGUCUUAGGAUUGCUGAAAAAUGGUUCCUUUUCAGAGUUCAAGGGUUCAUCUAACUUGAUGCUUUAUUAGUAUUUACUGAGUUGAACUGAGAUUUUUGGAUAGUCUCAUUAAUUACCCAUCAUAUUCAAUUGAUAAUUCUAUUACUAGCAUAGCAAAAGAUCUAGGUUACAGAUUAUUUAGCAUUUGUAGAGUAUGUGGGACUCACUUUUCCAGUGCUUGCAAUUCUUACCUAUCAAAUGGGUGCUAUUUGCUUUCUAUGUGGAUUUACCUUCCAGGCAAGAGAUGGGAACUUUCUUCUCUGCAGAAAGCGAGUGGUCCCAAGGGAGAAACCUAUUCUGGCAUUUGAGAGUCCAACAGUAAAGCAGCUAUGUUUUCGUUCCAACAUACAUAGAACAGAGCUUCAAAUUUCAUGAAAUAAAAACUGAUAAACUAGGAAAAUUCUCAAUUAUAGUAAGAUUUGAACAUUAAUUGGUAGCACAAGUGGACAGAAAAAAAUAUAGAAGACUUGAAUAGCACUAUCAAUUAACUGGACUGACAUUUAUAGAACAUUCCACCCAACAAUGGCAAUAUACAUUCUUUUCAAAUGCACAUAUUAUAGACUAUAAAAAGUUAAUAAAAAGGAUUAAAAUCAUACAAAUUAUGUUCUGUCACCAGAACAGACUUAAGCUAGAAAUCAGUAACAAAGAACUGAAGAAUCCUCAAAUAUUUGGAAAUUAAACAACGGUUCUAAAUGAGCCAUGGGCUAAUGAGGAAGUAAUAAGGAAAAUUUGAAAAUAUUUUGAAUUGAAUGAAAAUUCCUCAAAAUUUGAGGGAUGCAGCUAAAGCUCAUUAAAUACUCAGAUAAGAAAAAAAGCCCAAAUCUAUGAUCUAAAUAAACUCCCACCUUAAGAAACUACAGCAAACAUUAUACUUAAUGGUAAAUUACUGACAUUAUUCUUUCAGAAAGAGGAAGUAACCUAAGAAUGGAUACUGCCAACUCUUCUAUUCAAUAUAUGGUCAGGUCCAGUGCAAUAAGGCAGGAUAAAGACAUAAAAGGCCUAACAAUUGGAAAGAAAGAAAAUGAACUCAUUUGUAAAUGACAUAUUUGUCUAAAUACAGAAUCCGAACGAGUCUACAAAUUUUAUAACAGUCAAUUACUCAGGGUCUCCAGAGACAAGAUCAAUAUAUACAUAACCAGUUGUAUUUCUAUAUACCAGUGACAAAUACAAAAGAAAAUAUGAUAGCACUGAAACCCACAAAACACUGAGUGAAAUUAAAGAUUUAAAUAAAUGAAUGGAACAUACUAUGUUCUCAAUAUCAAAAGAUGUCAACUCUUAAAAAAUUGAUUUAAAUUUGAUUAAAGCAAUUCCAAUAACAUCCCAUUAGGGUUUUGUUUUUUUUAAUGUCAAGCUGAUUUUACAAUCAAUAAAAUGCAAGGAGCUAAGACAAUCUUGAAUAAGAAUACUGCCUGGUAUUAAGAUAUAAAAAGACAUAACAUUAAGACAUAACGUUGACCCAGGAAUAAACAGACCAAUAGGAAUACAGAGCUCCAAUCAAUUACGACAGUGGCACAGCAGUGCAGCGAGGAAAGGAUGUUCUUUUCAAACAAAUGAAACCAUGUGAAUAGGGUAAACGUAUGAGGAAAAAAGAAUCAAUCUUUACAUCACAGUGCCCACAAUAUAUUUUUGUGAACUGCAAAUCUAAAUAAGAAAGACUUUUAAAACACUCUUAGUAGAAAAUGUAGAAUAACCUCUUGACCUAAGAACAGGCAAAAAAAAAAAAAAGACACAAAGAA